CGUAGGCGUAAACUUGUGUUCCAACAGGAUCCCAAGAACAAACAACUAGAAGUAGCAUGUAGAUACAAGAAUGGCUAAACACCAUUUCUCGAUGGUAAAAGUGGAUGGAGAGCUUUAUAAUCUUCAUGAUGAUGCUUAUGUUAAUGGUGAGGAAGGUAAAGACAAUUAUAUUUGUAAAAUCAUUGAGAUGUUUGAAGAUUUAGAUGGAAUGCGUUAUUUCACGGCUCAAUGGUUCUACCGAGCUAAGGACACUGUGGUGCGAUGUCCACUGGUUUAUGUAUUCUGGCUGUGGUGCGAUGUCCACUGGUUUAUGUCUUGGAGCUGCGAACUAUGGUGUUAAGCUUGUAACAAAAUGGGCAGUGGAUUUCAAUAGAGAAGCAUGUGAUAGCUUGAGAUGGAAUCAUCCAGAGACGCAGGUCCGAAAUGAAGCUGCUCAGGAUUU